UUGAACACUGGCAGCGGUGGUAAGCAGUGAGCCAACCUCUCUCUGGAUUGAUAUGGGAAAACCGUUAGCUUGGCUCCAAAGAGAGGCAAUAACAGUGUGCCUAUGCAAGUAGAGAGUGUUUACUCGUGUAGCGUGUGUGUAGCAGUCAAACAGAUGAUUGCUUUGUAGUGCCGUAAGAGCUGUAUACAGAAGCGUUAUAAUUCUCGGGGUUGACCAUAACCUGGACAGUCAGGUGACCAAGUGACCAUAGUCAGUGAGUUGACAGUCAAGUCAACCGGAGGAAUUAAUGUUCCCUUGAUGGCUCCAGUGACCUCUUGGAGCUGUCUAAGAUAAUUGGGUAGGCUGUGUCACCUGUGUCAUACGUCGCCAGGCUUAUCUGUCUCUCUCGACCAGUCGGGCUGCCUAGCCACAGCGUUCAGGAUUAGCGGACUGCGGCCACUACCGUGACUAAACAGUUACACGUGGAUGUAACAGUGAGUGGCGGCCGCUGAGCAAGUAGUGGACUUGGAUGUAGGGGCUGAUGUGGAGGAUCCACGCUGCUUGUGAAGGAUCUCUUGUGUGGCUAAUCUGAAGAAAUUCAAGACUUGAGACCAGUAGCCAUCACUGGUACUGUGAUGAAUGAUGGGGAGGAGCACAGCGGUGCCGGAGGUGUUGUGUGACAUGCAGCUGGUGUGUGACCACUCUAUAUGUACCCGGCCACACUGGCAAACUGCCUCCUGAUGGACAUAGGAAUCCUUCACCUCAACAUCCACAUCGUCUUCAAGAAAAUCUUAUAAUUGUUUGUACAUAAACAAAGUGCCCAGGAAGAGAAAUAACACCUUGUGUGAGAAAAAAUAUUGGUACAACUGAUUAAUUGAUUAAUUAAUUAAUUGAUUAGUCCUCAUCAGUGAUCAUCUGUGAAGGAGAGACAAACACUGAUAUAAGGUGCAACAGAAUAUUAAAUAUUAUUUUAAUUUCUGUACCACAUUGAAGACAAGCAGUUACAAUUGUCUCAUGUCCUACAAACACAUUGAUGAAAACUAUGCAGAUGUGAUAAGGGCUUAAGUGAUUAGUCCAUGCAAUGUUAAGGGAGUGAGAAGGCUUGUCUACAUCUCACCUGAAGUCUACUUGUCAAAUUGCCGCUUGAAUAACUUGACCUAGAUCGCUCACCAUGACCAAGCUUAAAGCCCGCCCCGUUGUGGAUUACACAGCCAUGGAAGGGACCAUGGCGGAGUCGAAGAAUGCGGUGUCUCCCAUCGAUGAGCUGACGUAUGUCCAGAAAAACACCCCUGAGGAUGAUGGGGGGUCAUGUGGAUGGGGACCAUUCAAGCCUGGUUGUUGUCAGCGCUUCAGAAACCCUAAAUGGGUUUUAUUCUGGCUUUGCUGGGCAGGGGCAAUACAGGGCAUGGUGGUCAAUGGCUUCGUGAACGUGGUGAUAUCCAACAUUGAGAGACGGUUUGAGAUCAGCAGUACCCAGUCAGGCACAAUAGCCAGCUGCUAUGACAUUGCAUCAGUUCUCUGUCUUAUACCGAUCAGCUACUUCGGAGGUCUCGGGAUCAAGCCCAGAUAUCUCGGCAUUGGAAUAUUCAUUCUUGGAGUUGGUUCCUUUGUGUUCUCUUUGCCACAUUUCACAACACCCCUGUACACCGUUCAGAGCAGUCAGGAGAACAUUUGUCGAAUCGGUGGCAACACUACAGGGACUUGUGACACAGUUUCAGCAGAGUCUUUUUCCGACUACAAGUAUGUGUUCUUCCUGGGCCAACUGCUCCAUGGUGCUGGGGCGUCGCCCCUCUACACACUCGGAGUCACGUACCUGGAUGAAAACCUGCCUCUGCGGUCAUCGUCAUUCUAUGUGGGAAUCUUCUACUCCUUUGCUAUCAUUGGUCCAGCAAUUGGAUAUAUGGCAGGUGGCGAGUUUCUUAAGAUCUUCACAGACACCGGUGCUAUUGAUACAUCCAGUAUCUCCAUUACACCGGACAACCCACGCUGGGUUGGGGCAUGGUGGAUUGGCUUCCUGUUCAGUGGCGCCCUCGCUUUCUUUGUCUCCGUCCCCCUGUUUGGAUUCCCGCGAGCAUUGCCAGGCUCCAGCAAGUAUAUGGCCGAGCGGGGCAAGGAGGUGCACAACAAGGGCAGCAGUGAAGAUGAAGCCAACAAGAUCGGCAAUAAGAGAGGGAUCAAAGACAUACUACUCUCCAUCAAACUACUUGUCACCAACCCGACAUUCAUGUUCCUCAACUUUGCAGCAGCCAGUGAAGGUAUCCUCCUCAGUGGCUUCUCCACGUUUGCUCCCAAGUUCAUCGAGUCUCAGUUCAGUUUGCCAGCAGCAAGUGCAGCCCAGUUUGUCGGUUAUGCAGCCAUCCCAGCCGGUGGAGGCGGUACAUUUCUUGGAGGUUACAUUGUCAAACGCUUCAAUAUGAAGGUGUCCGGGAUCAUCAGAUUCUGUCUCGGCGCUACAUUAAUCGUCCUAUUUGUUGCCUUAGUCUUCUUGAUCAACUGUGAAAACGUCCCCUUCGCUGGUGUCAAUGUAGAGUACAAUGCCAGUGCCAAUAACAUGGCAAUAGGAUUCCUGGGCAAGAGGCUGGACAACACGUGCAACAGUAACUGUGCGUGUACAGAAGAUGACUAUCACCCGGUGUGUGGGCGCGACGGCCUCAUGUACUUCUCCCCCUGCUAUGCUGGAUGCCAGGUGUCUGAGACUGGCGAUGUCAAGAGUGGAAUAGAAGAGCGCUACUCCAACUGCUCCUGUAUAAACAGUAACACCUCAGACUACAUGGCAGAGUUUGGCAAGUGUGAGACAUCUUGCAUCUGGCUACCUCUCUUCAUGCCGUUCUUUGGUUUGAUGAUGCUACUCACCUUCAUCACCAGCAUGCCUGCACUGUCAGCAACACUCAGAUGUGUACCAGAAAAACAGCGGUCAUUUGGUCUUGGAAUACAGUGGAUUAUAGCUCGUUGUCUAGGUUCCAUCCCAGGACCAAUCCUGUUUGGGAAGAUGAUUGACUUGACCUGUCUCCUGUGGCAGAAGAAAUGUGAUGGUGAUGGUGCUUGUUUUUUCUAUGACAACAGAAAAAUGAGUUACUAUCUUCUGGCACUUGGGUUGUCCCUGAAAGCAAUGUCAUCUCUAUUCUUCUUUCUUGCUCUUGUGAUGUAUAAAAAACCUCCUGGAAAUAUUGAAGAAGUAGGAUUGAAUGACAACACGUCUGUGUCAGCCAUAUCAUCAACCAGCCGAACAACUCUCACUGCUCAGCCAAAUGGCACUGAAAUUAACACAGUGAUUAGAGUUCCUGACAGUGUUGCCAACGGAACUGCGAAGUCCAAUGGAAAUAUUGUUAAAACAAGUUUAUAGUUGGUGUCUUAGGGCACUACCGAGACUGUAGUACAGUAAGGAAGUAAUAGUGUUUGUAAAUAUCAGUGGCAUAAUUGUAUAAAAUGGAAAUGACAUUGAGAGAAUAUUGUGGGUCUCCCACUUGUUGCCAAUGUUGCAGAAGAGAACUAUCUUUCAUUAAGGUCAACACAGUCAACACUGUGUCCCUGAUCAAUGGCAACCAUGAAACAUUGAGACGGUUUAGACUACACCUACACUGACUGCAGCAACAGAGGCAUCCAUGGAGGUCCAGAUGAUUGCACAGACAUUGCAACAGAGGCAUACUUAGACAUCAAGAUGGUUGCACAGACAAUGCAACAGACGUAUCCUUAGAGGUCCAGAUGGCUGCACAGACAAUGCAACGGAGGCAUCCUUAGAGGUCCAGAUGGUUGCACAGAUAAUGCAACAGAGGUAUCCUUAGAGGUCCAGAUGGUUGCACAGACAAUGCAUCAGAUGGAGGUUUAGGUGUUUGUUUCUAAUUUUCUCACUGGUCAAGAUGCCAAAUUGGCCAACGAUGCAGGUCCAUCAAAAUGACCCCUUGAACUGGUAUAAAUUGGUAUUAAUUUGGUGUGGAUGUCGGCAACACUUUGUCAGAUAUUUAUGAUUUUGCUACUUUUUUGCUUUUCUUUGUUUUGCUGAGGAUAUGAACUUUACAAAAUUUCCAAAUUGGUAGAAUUCUUAAAAGAAAGAUGCCUGCCACAGGCACUUAGUUUUAGAGACUAUAUAAGUCCCAUGUUUUUACACAGUACUAUCUGGUGAUAAUGACAUAUGGGUGAUAGUAAUCAGUGCAUGACCUAGAACUACAGGAUAUCUUUCAUUCAUACUCUCAGUGGAUAUCUCAGUUGUUCUUAUGGAAUAUGUUUGUGUGCUCAAUGGUUGCUUUACAAAAGAAAAUAUGUGAAAGUUAUAUGUUAGUUGUAGAUCUAGCAUAAUAAUACAUAAUAAAGAACGCAUAAAGACCUUGUGGGUUUAUGUUUGUAAGAAAGCAACAAGACUGUAGAUUGAAUAACAAUGCAGUAUAAAGGUGUUGUAAUAUGUUUGUGUAGAGAGCUUUACCAUGUGUGUCACACAAGUUUGAUUGUUACAAUAACUGUGAUAUUAUCAAUGCAAUAUAUUAUGUUGUCUGUUCAUGUUGUAGGAUUUAUGUCACAUGACACAUCACAUGACACAUCAGUUUUCAGUGCCAUAUUUUAAUGCCUUUGAACAAAUAUAUUUUACAAGACAACACUGUUGUUUUUUGCACAUUUCAUGGUUAUUUUCUGAGGAUACUUUUCAUUUGUACUUUUAUGUAUACUUGUCCAAAGAAGUUUGAGAAAACAUGAUCAUUUCUAUUGUUUUUAGUUAAUCUGCCUGACAUUACAUGGCAUGACAGAUUAACUAUACAUGUAGUAAUAUGAAAGGAUUGGGUGUUCUUUGACUUCUUUUGAGUAGUAUAAUAGGACCAGACCAGUUUGUUCAUGUCUUAUAGACAAUCAUGCCCUAAAUGAUGCAAAGGUAAUAAAAGAAAUCAUGUCUGAUUCAAAUGUAUGCUCCUUAUGAACCAAUCUUACAAGUGAAACAGUUUCUAUGACUUCUAUUUGAAGGGCAAAAAGUAUAAUAUCAAGCUUAACAACAAAUGGACAAUUUUCAAAAUUAUUUGUCUAGUUUGACAGAAUUCUUCUUUGUCUUUUGCCAUGCUGUAUUAAAGUCAAUUCUUACCCCCAGUACUAAUAAUCAUUUUUGUGUCUUUGUUAUUGACAAUCUGUUAAGGUGACCGCUUGUUUCUAGCUCUAAUUAAAACUAAAGCUGGGCUUACAUUAUCAUGAUAUUUUUAACAUUGCAGGUUUUCUACCUACAAGUCCAUAGGCAAGGUGUUUACAAACAAACAGUAACGGGAGUCGUGUACAAAUUGGAAAUUCUGUUACACAUGAUAUAUUUUGGUCACAUGUUACUUGAGGUGUUCAUGCCUUUGAAUAUUGAUCAAUGGCUACCAAGAAAUAAAAUUGGUCUGUCUGUCCAAAUUGUCCAAAUUGUCCAAAUUGUGUAGAUUCUUAACUUAUCUUCUUCCCUUCCAAAUUGACUAUGGGGAGAGAGCAUUAAAGAGACUGAGCACAAACAAGGAAAUUAACAAAAAUUAUUCAUACAAGAAAAUCAUUGAAUUAUGGGCUUAUGAACAGAGGUUAUCUUGGCAUACAUUUUGUUGAUAUCAGAUGAUAUACAGUUAAUUUUGAGCUUGCUGUAAAAGGCGACUAUGCUUGUUGUAAGAGGUGACUAAUGGGAUCGGGUGGUCAGGCUCGCUGACUUGGUUGAAGCAUGUCAUCGAUCCCAAUUGCGUGGAUUGAUGCUCAUGAUAUCAGUCACUGGAUUGUCUGGUCUAGACUCGAUUAUUUACAGACUGCCGCCAUAUAGCUGGAAUAUUGCCGUGUGCGAUGUAAAACAACAAACCAACCGUUUUGAGCUACAGCUGACCAUCAGAUUACUUGAAGCCUGUUUCAACAUUCUUUGUUUUAAAGGCAGCAUUUACUGUGAAUAACAUGAGCAUUUUUGUGCUUCUCCAUGUCACAGUAUCAAGUUAUCAUGUUCAUGAGUGGAUGUUGUGACUCUGUGUCUUUACCUUUGCAUAAUAGUUUCACACACUGUGUGAAACGAGGCUUCCGUAUAUUCAAACAAUUUGGUUGUGCACGAGACUCUCGCAGUCCUCAGACAUGAUGAUACUUAAUAGCUGUUUUACUGUAGUAGCCAGUGUAUAUGAUUCUAAGGUCAAAGUCUUUAGAAACAUGAUUUGAACAGCUAAGGAUAAAAAAUGAAAUAUGAAUUGUUGAUUUACACAAAAUGUGCAUGUGGUUGUAUAUAGUCAUCUCAUCAUUACUAUUUAAAAUACUACAAAACCUCACAAGUGUAUAUAGGGCAUCACAUUGCUAACUGACAACUGAAAAGGCACAAUAUUGAAUUGAAUACUUGAUUUACUGUGUUCAUUACAAAUCAGAUCAUUUAAUUUGUACAUCAAUUAUUUGGUUCAUUCUUGUUGAAUAUAUUUUGUAUCUAACUGAUCAUUUAGUUGAGGAUUUUAUUCAGUUUGUUUUGCUGUUGUUUGUUGGCCAACACAACCUGGAGCAAUAUGUUUGUCCUUAGUUUUCAGAUGUGAUGUACUAAUCGAAAUUCAGGCCAUUUUGGUAAGGUAUUUCAUCAUAUUUGACACAUAUUUUGACAUUUAAGUAUGUGUUUUAUAUCUUUGAAUUGAAUUUAAAUAGAUAGACAAGGCAACUACGUUUUUCAAUUCACAAAUGAAUCUACUGUUAAGUUUGCAAUAUUUGAAUGAAACCAUUGUUUUUUGGGUCAUAUUGUCAAAGAUGAAGUCUGUAAGACAAGAAUCAGAUAGGUAUGGUCUUUACUGUUAGAGCAGUGUUUCCUGCUUUAUGAAAGAAUUUUAAAACAUUACAUGUGGUUAUUUGUGUUACUGCUUGUUAACAAAGACUAGGAGAUGAUGAGAUGGCAGCUAUUAUAAUGUUGGAUGAAAGAAAGUAUUUGCUAGAAAUCUUUGAGGGUUUGAGUGACAGUUGUUCAGGGAGGCUGAGUUUGGAAAUAACAAAUCCAGCUCUUUCACAUAAUAUGGCCAGAAGCAUAACUCAAAGGUCUGCUAUUCUUGUACUUUUUGUUAGCAAAUCACAGUUAUAUUUAUUUGAUCUGUUUCAGUAUGUAAAUAGAAAUUGUGAUAAAUAUAAUGUAGAAGAAACACAAAGCUGUUGAUGUUUGUGCUCAAGGCAUGACUAGCUGUAAUAUGGGUGUGUCAACUGGUGGUGUUGGGGGUUUGAACAUAGCUGGGGGAGUGGGGGGAGGUUUGGCUGAUGACUUCAUUACAGGAGGCUACGAAUGAUCCAUUUAUACAUUUGUCAUCUUGAAGUAUCUUAUGCCAAAAUUUGUUUUCUUAUUUCUUGAUGACAAUAUGAAAUUGUUUAUGUCUGCCUUUUUGUCAUUGCAAAGGUUAGUGUGUAAUUUAAACAUGAUGGUGAAAAAUGUUUAAUUUUAAACAAAAUCUUAAAUGAAUCUGUUUCUGGAGACAAUCCUGACUGAUUAUUCUCGUUUCAAAUCUUUAUGUCCUGCAACUUUAGAUGAUACUUCAGUCAGUGUAAGGGGCAAAUUAUAGUUCUACAUUCUACAGCCACGUGCUGGUAUAGUAUGUGUUGACACCGCCAGCAUGGUACGUGUGCUGUCAAGUUCAUUGGUGUGGUAGAGUUGAUGAGUGAGAGAGUUGUGAGUGAUUAUCAGAGGUUGUACAAAUUAUUUUUGUUGAAUAAACUGUUUUGUAUUUAA